AUGAGCUCGAGCUCGUUAAUUUACCUGAAAGAAUCCGCACCAACAGCUCUUGAUACCUCGAAGACGAAAGCCGAGGCUUCCUGGAACCUUCCUUGCCAUCAAUAUCAUCCAGCUCUGAGUGCAGGUGAACGCCCGCUGCAGAUUCUCGGCCACUCCUCAUCCUUUUUAUACCUUCGCCCACCCUUCUCCGUCCUUCACUAUGCCAACCAUCAGAUCGGCCACGGAAAACCUAACCCUAUCCCCGAAGAUCGAUCUGGCCGUCUCCACCUCGAGAUCCUUCCGGGAACGGUCCCGGAGCUGCGCGGUUCUGGAACCACCGUGAGCUUCGGCCGUGCAGGAUCUUCGUCGAUCCAACGGCCGGAGAAGCGAUCGGACGUCCGUCACGUCCCGUUGUGGCGCGCGGCGGAGGGUGGAGAUAGCGGGAGGAUGGCUAAGCUUUUGAUGAACGUGACGCUGGAGCGGAGUUUGGGUCCGAUCCAUGUGGUGAUGUCGCCGGAGAACACGGUGAUGGAUUUGGUCCGGACGGCGGUGGAGGUGUACGUUAAGGAGGGAAGGAGGCCGCUGCUGCAGUGUGCAGAUCCGAAAGGGUUCGAGCUGCACUACUCGCAGUACAGUCUAGAAAGUACGCAUUCUUUUGCUUCGACUUUACUUACUAGAAUUGUGUUGCACUGCAUGGAAUAUUACGCUGUUUUUUUUUUUUUUUUUUUUUUUUUGUGGAGUACAGUUCUCCUAGCUUUCGAAUAGGUGAAAUUGUGGCAGCUACUUCUCGAAGUCGAUGAUUUUUUUUUUACUCGCCUGAUUAAUAUUAUUUUUUUAUCAUAUUUUAAAAAAUGUACAGUUUAUUAUUUAGUUUAUAUUUUUUUAUUCUAUGCUCUUGUGUGUUGCGCCUGCUUUCCGUUUCUUCCUCCAUUAGAGCGUUGUAGAUUCAGUAGGGAAACUAGUUCGCAUAGCCAUCCUCUGUCUCCACCCUUUUUUUUUUUUUUUGGAAAAUGAGAGGCUGAGCCCAAUUUCAUUGAUAUAAUGAUGUAAAAGUAGGCUCAAAACGGUAUUAGAACCCAUUAGAGAAUUACAGAAGAGGGGAAUAGAGAAAAUAAAGCAAAAUAAGACAUAUUCCAUAGACAAAAGACAUGACUUGGAAAGUGCAAAAUCACCCAUAGCUAGGUGAAGUAUCUGAACAUCUCAAGCGCGGAUCACUCCCUGGUUGCCGAAGAAUUAUUCUGUGUGGAGUGUGGAGGGCGUCCGGAGAUCAAUAAAAAUGUGCCACGUCACCCCAUUGGUGGGUACCCAGCUUGGUACCUCUAGGUAUUCAGUGCUUAACUAGAUGGUUCUCCCGUCCGGUCUCCGUACAAAAUAAAAGCUCUUGUGAGAGUGGCCAUCCAAGGGAGCAUAAUGAUGGCGGGUGCAAAGCUCUUAUCACCCUCUUGCAAAACCUCAAAAAGAUUGUCCAAUCUAGCAUAAAAGGAAUAACAACCAGGUAGCCUGCAAGAUACAGGAAGGAAAAUCCAGCCACUCGUCGGGAUAAAUGUAGAGCCCUAGUGCAAAAAAAUAACCCCAUGGCGCAACACAGAAUAAGGGAGAACAUAUCAGAUAGGUGUGAACUAGAGUUGUUGGAUCAGACGCAGGAUUUCUUCAAAGUUCUUCGAGUUAGAGACAUUGGCCAUUGUUGUGUCUUGGAAUAUUCGUGGCGGUAGAGAUAUAUAAAUUUCAGUGUCUUUGCUUUAUAUGAAGAUCUAACAAACAUAUAGAUAAAAGAGUAGAGGUAUAGUGUUCAUAAGAGAUACCAAGAUUUUUACAUGGAAAAUCCUGAAAAAGGGAAAAGCUCGGGGUCUGGCCCAAUUUAAAUGAAUCCACUAAUGUUUGCAGUUGAUUACAAAUGAGGUCAUUUCUUAGGGGGAAGGCCUUGGCUCGCUAUAGCCAAUAUACAUCAUAUAGAGUGCAUUACAUGGUGAGAAUUGGAAGAUUCAGUAUUGACAUGUUUGUUUUGUCGGCAGGACCAUAGUCAAAGGACGACAGAGGUCGGAAAGACCAUAGUCGGGUGACGAUAGUCGGAAAGAUCAUUUUAAGGUGAUGGAGGUCAGAAGGACUAUAAUCAGUGAUUGACGAAGGUCAGUAAGACUGUUAUCAAGUGAUGUAGGUCGGGGGGACUGUAGUCGGCGGGCAACGAACGUCAGAAAGAUCGUAAUCUGGUGACGAAUAUUAGAAGGAAUGUAAUCAAUCUAGUGAUGGUAGUCAGAAAUAUCGUAGUCUAGCAAUAGAGGUCAGAAGGACCGUAGCAAGCGAGCGACAAAGGUUGGAAAAAUCGUAAUUGGGCGACGGUUGUCGGGAGAAAAUAUGAUAAGAAUUGGUGGCAGACGUAAGUUCAAUAAUAAAUUUGUGGCUGACUAUAAUUUCGAUGAUGGUCGGUGGUCGGGCAUAAAAUCGACAAUAGUUGGUGGCCGGACGAAAGUUCGGCGAAAGACUAGUGAAGGUCGGCGUCCAGGCGUAAAUCUGACAAUAAUUGGCAGUCAGGCGAAUGUCCUGUGACAAUCGGUAGCCGGGAGUAAGUCCGGCGAUAGUCGGUGACCAAGCGGUGGUCGAAGAAGAGUUUGGUGACAAGAGAGAUCUCAUAUUUCACUUCCUGUCCUCUCUUUUUUCUCUUUCUUGCUCUCAUGUUUCCUCCUCCCCCUCAAUGAAGAAUGAGAGAUCUAUUUAUAGUUUUUUGAAAGUGGUAUAGCCAAUAAAUAGGGAGGAGAUUAAGAACAUGUUGUGAGUGUUUUGAAUGGACUGUCGAUAUCGAUUUCUUUGAUCGUGGAUCAUUUAUUGAGUAUUUAAGUGAUUUAAUGAUAUCAUAAUUCAACGAUCUUAGGCUUGUUGGAUUCGUCUCGUCGAGCCGCUCGAUUCAACUAUAACUAUGUCACGUUUGAAAACCGUUUAGUCGUCUAAUUUAUGGUUUGAACCUUCCAAUGGUGCUUUGCAUCUUUGAUUUGGACCCGUUUGGGUUUGGAUUGAAUCGAAUUUGGUGUUGUUUUGGAGUUCGAAUGAUUUUGAAUUUAAUUUUAAAAGUUUUCAACUUAAUUUGGCCUCGAGAUUCGUGCUCGAUCAAGAUUAAUUUUUUUUAUGAUAUACAGCCGUAAUAGUUCUUCUUAUUACGUGCCAAGUAGUAGCAAGAAUGCUUAUGGACCGCCAAAUGCAAUAGAUACAACAACAAGCAUGUAAGCAGUAAAACAUUCUAAAUUGUGGGGGAGGUCCAAAAUAUAGUGGAAUAAUUGAAUGACGUUAGGUCUCAGUAAAAAAAUAGUAGCCCAAGGUAUAAAAUGGGUGAUAAUAUUAAAUGAGUAAUCACAUUCAAUGAAUAGUAGAUGUGCAUUGUUUUCAUUAGAAUUGUUGCAUAAAUGACUGAAUGUUUCAGCAUGUAUACCCUUUCUGAUUAACUUAUCAGUAGUUUUCAACCCACCAAUGAUCACCAACCAACCAAGCAAUGCAUGCAAGAUAGAGUGCAUUGAACACAAGUCCAAUGCAUGCAAGAUAGAGAGCAAAUCAUGAAAUCUCACCUGAUUUCCAUGACUUAAACGAGUGGACAGCGACAUACAAAGGAUUUUCUUUGGGUUUGGAAAGUAAAAGCGAGGUUUUCUAAAGAACCUACGGCUUUGGAGCGUCAUACAUGCAACCAUUGGCUUAGGGUUAGGGACCUAGGUCUUUCUAAGUUUUAAGAGUUUUACCUCGCCGGGUUGUCACGGUGUAGCUACUAUCCACUCGCCUUGUCAAAAGGCGAGAAAAUGGAGGAAUGGAGGAGAAAACUGCUGCUCAAGAAAUCUAAGCUGCUGGUUUCGCCGCCGACACUUCGCUGAUAUCGCUGUUUGAGCUGAAUGGAAGAGGAAGAAGCUUGAAUUUGCUGUCAAGAUGUCCCCAAGUACUGUCUUGGCUGUUUGGAGCGUUUAGAUGCUGGCUUUGCUGUCCCGAGUUCGCCGGAGUCGAAGGAAGAAGGAGAAGAAGCUGCUAUCUUCACUGACCUUAGAGGAGGGAAGCAAAUGGAUGUCUCAAUCUUUGCUCGGCUCCUUUGGAAUGCACAAGAGGCUUCGAACCACCGGCCGCAACCUUCUCUGGUUCGGCUAGGCCACUCGAUUCACCUGGACCGCACGCGGGGAGACACGCGAAGGAAUCCGUACGGGGAGGCCUUUGUAUCUCCCUCUCUUGCUCUACGCUUGCGAUUCACGUAAGCCGAAGAGGCUCUUCUCUCGUCUUCCGCUCCCUCUAUACGCCAAACAAGGGGAUUUUCGCUCUCUAGUGGAUUUUGCUGUAGCCACGCAAAUCAAAGGGAAGUAACGGGAAACAGGGCGGGAUUCCAUAGGAAAUUUGAGCUGUUCAUUUGAUUUCUUGAUUUGGGAAGUCAAAUGAGCAUAAAUUUGACAAUUAUGGAUGGAAUUGAGCCCUAAUCCUAUUUGGGUCUGAUUGGGUCCAAUCGGAAUUUUAUGAAAUUAGACUAGAAUUGACACGGAAUUGUAUCGAAUUUGGUUCGACGAGGCUCAAUUGGGUUUGAUUUGGACCGAUUUAGGAUCAUUCGAUCAAUUUGAUUUUAAUUUAAUUAGAUUGAGCUUAGUUUAAUUAAAUUGUCAAUCUAAAUAAAUUGAGGCUCGAUUUGAGUCAAAUUGUGUUUGACGGUGAUCGAUCGCAUCAAUCAAGUGCGAUCGAGCUCGAAUUAGCUCGAUUCGGGCAAAAUCGACCUCGAUAAUCAAUCACUGUUUUUAAAUAUAAUAAAAAAAGUAGAGCUGUCAAUAUUGGACCCGACCCGAAAAUUUCGGGUUUGGAUUGACCCGAAUCCGAAGCGGGUCGGGUUCGGGUCCGGAAAACCGACACGUUUGAAAAAUCGGGUCGGGUUCGGGUUGAACCGGGAACCCAGGAAUGACCCGGAAUGACCCCGCCCCGUCGCGUAGAGUAGCAUCCUGAGGUCAUGUCAGCGUCGCGUCAAGUCCACUGCGUCGCGCGUCCCGCUGCGGCGCUGCCGUCAGCCCACUGCUGCCGCCGGGUAGUUUCUGGCGUUAGUUCUGCGUCCCGCAGUCGCGCGAGUCCUGGCAUCCCGCGUCACUUCUGCGUCGUGCGUCCGGCUGCCGCCGGCUUCCGCUGCGUCGGGCGUCUCGUUUCUGCUGCAUCGUGCAUCCCGCAGGUCGGGUCGGGUCCGGGUCCAAAAAAUUGACCCGUUUGAAAAACUGGUCGGGUCGACCUGAACCCGAAUAGUGC